AUGUCUUUGCAGACCGAUGUUCGAAUCCCGACGGUCGACGAUCUGCGGGUCAAGCUAUGUUUUAUCUGUCGAGAAGAGGAGCGCUUUGACAAUAUCGAAGAACCUCAACGAGCAUGGACACAUCCGUGCUCGUGCACCCUUGUUGCUCAUGAGUCAUGUCUACUCCAGUGGAUAAAGGCCGCACAGCAAGACGCAUCUCGCGCAAAGAAUGCUCUGAAAUGCCCUCAAUGUGGCUCAUCCUAUGAGCUCGAGAGUGACAAUCCGUUCAUUUUGAGACUACUGGACAACGUCAAUACAAGUCUGUCAAUAGUUGGAAAGAUUGUCAGCGCUGCUGGAUUAGUAGGGAUUGUGAUCUCGUUUGGGUUUGGCAUCUACAUAGUCUGUACCUCUUAUGGUGCGUAUGCAGUGCGGGAAUUUUUGGGAAGAGACAUGUAUAAUCUUCUCCUCACCGACGAUCCGAGCAAUUGGCCAUGGCAUGCAUACAUCAAUUUACCUAUGAUACCAUUCAGUCUCAUCUUCUCUCGUUCCCGUUUCUUUGACAUCCUACCAGUCGUUCCUCUUUUCCUUGCCUGGCCAUCAUCGCCGCCAGUAUCUUCAGUAGAGGGUUUCAUGAACUCUCGUUGGAACCGUGUGGGGAAUAGGAGUGCCACUUAUCCUUCUGCGCCUCUGCUCACUUGGCCACCGUCUCCAAUUGUCGUAACAGUGCUGUUCCCUGUGCUGACAGGAUUCUAUCGGCGCGCAUUUGCCAAGUUGAAGCACUGGCUGAUGGAUACUGAACCAGGCCCGCAUCGCCCUCUGCGCGAAGUGAUAUGGGAUCUAGGGGGUGAUGGUCCGGUACCCCUCCGUGCUCGCGUUGGUGUUAAUAUUGAACCUGCCCCAGAACAGCGUCGCGUGAACGCUGGUCAGCAGAGGGUGCCUCAAGGACAGCAAGGGCAAGGGCAAGAGCAAGCUGGCGAUGCCCAGGCGGAUGCCGACGCAGACAAUGACGAUCCUGCUAUCGUGGCCGAGCGAACGCUGCGCAUUACCAACGCAUCGCUGGGACGAUUCAUUGGCGGCGCACUCGUAAUGCCUGCUAUCUCCAACUACAUGGGCGCAAUUUUGCUCAGAUUGUCGAAACACUCAGACAUCUUACGUCGAUUUUUAGCCAUACGAACUCCCUUGCGCGGUGUCCCCGUGCCCCUAGGUGGAUGGGUUGAUACUCAACCUUGGAGUGAUAUGAGCUAUGUGAAGCAACUCGGAAUGGGUCUCAGGGUCGCCCUGAACCUCGUAUGUGGCGGUACUCGGACUUGGCACGAAGCCGACCCGGUCUGGUGGCGAAACUCGAUCGGUCUCGGGAUCUUCAUCGUCGCUAAAGACUGCAUCAAAUUACUUCAUCUCUAUCUUGCCAAGCGUGAGCUUGAGACCCGCCGGGUGAAGAGUCGUUCAUUUGCCGGUGUGGAUUUCAAGGAACUAGAUCUUAUAACCCCUGUAAAAUAG